AUGAAGAAGUUUGCGGAAGCCGAAGCAUUGUUGGGCACAGAAGAAUCUCGGAGUCUUCUGUCGACUCCACCGACGUUUCUGAUGGCACGCCGGCUUGAUCUUUUAUUAACCUUGGAUACUCUGAAAGAAGUUGUCAACGCUGAGGGAUUGUCGAAAAGUCGAUUGCGUGGUCCUCACCUUGCGAGACUAGAGCUCAUUGGAAGAUUCCUUAAAGAGGAAGAACCAGUUCGUUCUCUGUUAGAUGGGAUGAAUUUAGGGAAGCCUAUUGAGCUGAUGGUGAAUUAUGUACUGACUUUUUAUGCGAAACCUUGUUGCUACAAUGACAUAAAUCAGUAUCUAUGGCUUUUGGAUGAUAAGAAGAAGGAGGAGCUGAUUGAUGGUUUAAAAGAGUUUAUUGACAGUGUAAUUCAUCAGAGAGAACAAGCAGGAGAAGAUAGU